AUGGUACUUGUAAACACAAAAAAUCAUAUCAGUUUUUCAGUCAAACAGAAGCAUGAAUGUCGUUAUUGUAAUGCGACUACGCUGACGAAUAAGGAAUAUUUAAAACAUCUUGAAACGCACAAGGAACAAGGUUUAUACAAGUGUACUUGGUCCACAUGUGGAAGGAAAUGGCGUACCCUAAAAUUACUUCGACAGCAUUACGAGAAACAUCAACCUAAACUUCAAUGCGAAAUCUGUGGCUCUUUCUUUUCAUAUAAGAAUGGACUAGAAAACCACAAGAAACAACGCCACGGAGUUAGAGGCCGAGUGGAACGAAAUCCGCAUUUGGGACAUACUUUAGUAGACAUGCGAAACCAUCGCAUUGUCGGUCAAGCUUCAUUAGGUCAACAAGAUGACUGGGGCAAUGAGUAUUUCUCAGAAAACUUUACAUCCACAACAAUUUGGAUUUAG